AUGACAUUUCAAUGGAUAGUACUUCUGAUGACAUACUAUCCGGAAAUGCAGCAGAAGUUGAGACAAGAGAUUGAGUCCCAAAUCGGAGACCGAAUGCCAACACAUGAGGACAGGAAUCGAUGCCAUUAUGUCAUGGCUUUCAUCACUGAGACACUGAGAUUCAGAAAUGUCGCCCCGUUUGGUGUCCCCCAUAAAGCUGUGGUCAGGAGUACAAUAGGAAAUUAUACAAUACCUGAAAAUAUGGGAGUUUUCAUAUACCAGGGAAUCAUAUGUCGUAAUGACAAGGAUUGGGAAAAUGCCUUUGAAUUCAAACCCGAGAGGUUUAUUGAUAGUGAGGGACAGUUCAUCACAACCCGUCCCAAAGCAUUGAUACCCUUCGGUGUGGGCCGUCGUGUCUGUCCCGGAGAGAAGUUAGCCAUCGCUGACCUGUUCCUGGUUUUGGUCCGAUUUUUUCAGUCCACACAAGACUAUGAGAUAGUCCUCGACAGUAACGGUGGUAUAGAUGCGGAUCCCAAUAAUGCCAAUGAAUUUGCUCCAAUUGAAUAUAAAGUGAAAUUUAUGAAAAUAUGA